GUUCAUUCAUAUAUAUCUUCUUCUGUAGCCUUCAUUCUCUACUUUCUCAUUCCCCAUUUUGAACCUUUGAAUUUAGCAAUGGCACAUUUGGCUCGCACUACCUGCGUGCUUUUUGUACUAUUGCUCCUAUCAUUUGAACUAGUUUGCAUAGAAGGAAGGAGAUUGAAAGCAACCAGAAGCACCAAGUCACCAAAAUCUGUCUCUGGCAUCAAGGCAAUGAGCACUGCAACUAAAACCACGAAAGGUGUUGCUGCAAAGCCAAGCCAGUUGGAGAGUCUCGCGAAGAGUUUGAAUGGAUAUGUUGAAGCUUUUCGACCAACUACUCCCGGCCAUAGCCCUGGUGUUGGUCACUCUAUCAACAACUAACGAAUAAGUAACAUCAAAAUGCAACAUAUUACGAGUGCGCUUAUGUAUGGUGCAAUAUCCUCAUAAUGCUAUUUCAUUUUAAUGUUA